UUCGCAGCUGGGCCGACUUUGACAAUUUUAUUCGCGGAUUUGUUUUGAUUUCCUAAAUUCACAAGUUUUGUAAAUUCAUUUUUACAAAAAUAUCUCAAAGUUUUCAGCGGUAGAAUGGCAAGUUCUGCAAGAAGGGAUAUUUCUCCGUUCCUUCGUAAUUUAAGGAACUUCCUUCUUGGGAGAAGUCACACCAAUGCUCUCCGUUUUGAAGAUGGACUAGCUGCCAGAACUCAGCCACCACCAGAUGUUCCUGGUGGUCCUGCCCAUAAAUUAUCUGCGAAUUACUACGUCAAUCGUGAUGCUAGACGAGAAGUUCAACCCCCAAUGGAUGUGACCCGUGUACUGCUUUCAGAUGGCACAAAAGACUCUAAGAAUGCUGCUAAAGUACCAACUCCUGGAAAAGCUUAUCCUUGGGAUUAAAUACUGAUUCUACUAUGUAUAUAAAAAUUAUAGAGUGCUGAAAUUAUAAUAUUUGCUUAUUUAA